AUGCUGCGCCAGCUAGCUUUUAAUCACCCUCGUACUUCUAAGCUCGUCCUUAUUGGACUCGCCCAACGAAAACCUCUUGCGAGGACCACGGUCUACCGAACAGGCAUCCAACUACGACACCAUGCAUCACACCACAAUCACAACCAUAAACCUGGACACAGCCACGGUCACAGCCAUGGCGAUGGUCACGUCCAUGCCGACCUGAUGACGACCAUAAAGCAAUCCAGUAAAAAGGGCAUACAAAUUACAGUGAUAGGCUUAGUGGCCAAUGUGGGGCUGACGGUAUCCAAGGGAGUAGCAGGAUGGCUAUUGAAUUCCGCUUCACUUCUCGCCGAUGCGGCUCAUUCUUUCAGCGAUCUUCUCAGUGAUUUCGUUACGCUCUACACUUUUAAAAUGUCUCGAAAACCCCCGGAUGCAAUUUAUCCCUAUGGCUACGGCAAGUUUGAAACGUUGGGAUCAUUGGCGGUAUCAUCGCUGUUGAUUGGCGGUGCUGUCAGUAUAGGCUUGCAUUCGUCUGAUUUAUUGAUGGCGGCCUUGGACACCACCCAUACUACGACCCCGCAAAUGGUGGCGGAUACCGUGGCGGCAUCCUCGGCGGCGGCGACGGAAUCGGCUUCCCACUCUUCGUUUUCGUCUCUUCUUCAUCACUCCCACCAUCAUGACGGUUUACUCGAUCCCAACGCCGCUUGGUUUGCGCUCGCUAGUGUCAUUGUCAAAGAGUGGUUAUACCGUGCCACUAUCAAAGUGGGCCGUAGCGAAAAAAGUGAUGUUCUUAUCGCUAAUGCUUGGCAUCACCGAUCGGACGCAUAUUCCAGCGGAGUGGCGCUUGUUGCGAUAGGGGGCAGUUAUGCAGGCAUGACUGUGUUGGAUCCUUUGGGAGGUUUACUUGUUGCUGGCAUGAUUUUCCGCAGCGGUGCCCAAAUUAUGAGUAGCUCGGUCAAGGAGUUGAUGGAUAAAGGGCUCUCUGAGCCUGAAUUGGAUGAAAUCCGAACCGUGAUCCGGAAAGUUCAGGAAAAAGAAACGGAUCUGGUAGAUUUCCAUUCGGUGCGAGGACGCAAGUUGGGACCAUUCCAACACCUGGAUCUUAUCUUGCAGUUGAACCCACAAUUGCCGGUCGCCAAGGCUCAUUCGAUCGAACAACAAGUUCGAUCCGCCAUCAAGACGGAGUGUUCCAAUGUCCAAGAAGUCUUGAUCCAUUUAGACGCUGAGAAACAACCUCCUCAUCAUUAG